AUGGGAACUAUGAAAGAGCAAUGGGAUGCUUUCGAUACCGGGAAGCUUACAAAAGAAACAACAAAGGACCUGUUGAGGCUAUGUGGAUUUACACCUCGGGAGAGAGAUAUGGCGGUUCCCAGAACAUUUGAGGAGUUUAGUCAGCUUGCAUCUACCAUUCCACCUCCUAUCCCUAAGGAAGAAAUGAGAAGGAUGGUUCAGAUGUUUAUUCAUGGAAUGCACAUAUCGAGAAAAAAUCUCGGAAAGUAUAUGACGAUGGGAGACAAAUUAAAUGAAGAGGAGAUGUCGGAGCUUUUCCGGAGCUGUCCAUUUGAUAGAAACGGAGAAAUCACCAUUAAUGAGCUUCUUGAUUUCCUGUAUGACCCAUAA